UUGAUUCAAUUCUUUACUAAUCCACAGCUCAAAAAGAAAGUGAAAUAUCCACAUUCAAAAUCAUUGUAAAAGUAAAAAAGUAUGAGCAGUAUUGAUGCAUUAAUGCGUUCACAACUAAAGUAGCCUCACAGUUACUUUGCAUGUGACGGUAAAAAAAUACAGUAUUAACCUCCAAGAUGUAGGGCACCAGAAGUAUAAUGUAUGCAUAAAAUGGAAAUAAUGUAUGCAUUAUAACCUCAAAUUUGCACUUCAAACUGCACUAAUUCUAGCCAUCCAGUUGGUGAAAAAUGCAGGUUUUUGAGAGCACAAAUCUCUUCAAGAAAACACAAACACCACAGCAGCAUGAAGCAGUAUCUGCCAUCUCAACUUUUUUAAACUGGACUAGUUGCUCAUCAGAUUACGCGUUUGCAGACUCUCCCUGUCAGUGGAAGCAAGUCUAUCUCUCUCACGUUUGGGAUUGUCAAAACCAAGAGUUUUCAUUGUUUUUUUGCAUGAAAAACAUGAUUUGGACUUCAGUUUUUUAAAUCUCGAAGGAGGAGGGCUGGCACUUGGUCUUCCUCUUGCACGUGUCUGGAUGGAUCCUGCAUUUAGGAGCACACAAGCUACAGAUGCCUUGAAGUGCAGGAGAUCCAUCUGAUUCAGACCAGACAUUUGUAGAUGUGCUACGCAUCCACAGUGGUCACAUCCAAGAAGUAGAAGAACACUCUGAUGCACCACCUUUGGUUUUUGCAUCUGUGAGGAUCUACUCCUCCCAUAUGCCAUGUGGAUCACUGAACUGUCCAAGCAGCAUGUGACAGUGAUGUUUUGAGCAUUGCUGACAACAACCUCCUCGUCCUGUAUUCCUUUCAGACAGAUAAUUAAUCAAAAUUUCCUCCCAAUAUAAAUUCAAUACUUGGAAAAUGUAUGACUUAAAUGAUUCAUUAGAUGUUAUUAGAUGUCAUCAACAUUUGUAUACCUGCAAGGAUCUCUUUGAAUAGAAGGAUUGGCAAGAUAUUGAUGAGUGAGUAAACGUGUCUUUACAUUUUGAGAAAUGCAUCUUGCACUUACAACUGCUUGCCAUUGGGUGGCUGUGUAUGGGAUGAUGUAAUAGCUUCCACUCUAGUGGCAUAUGUGUAACUAUGCCAUAAAAACCCAUGCAAACACAAGAAAACAACGUUUGAAAAGAUUUCCACUGUAGUGACCUCUAUGCAUGAAAGGGUUAAUGAGUAAGGAGUAGUUUCAACAUUUCAAAAGGUAAUCCUCUAUAUGGAAACAUAUCCAAUCAAUUUUUUUUUGUGUAACCCAAGGUGUUUUCCAAUUUUUAAAAACAUGUUUAGGCGAAUUUUAUAGCAGCAAGCUGGAUGUAUUAUUUAUGUGAGCCUGUUUACAUCCUAUUGGCAUUAGCAUGACUGUAGCAGUGGCUUCACUCAUGCCUAACCUCCCAGUAUCUAUCCAUCUGGAAGAGUCCUUCUCUGACCGCCCACCCUUUCUGCAUAUAAAUGAUGAGUACAAUCCCUACAAUAGGGCCUUUUAAAAUAUGCUAAUGUGAAUUGAUGUCAUCAGCAAAGUCAAAACUGCACACUGCAGCUGAUCAUUUGGGUAAACUGAGGUAUUCAUGAAGACAGAAAAGUUGUCUCAACCGUUAACCGCGUGCACGUUUGACGACUUCACACCGUGGAAUAGAUUUCUGUCACGCGCUGACGACAAAAAGCUCCCUUGUGCCGCUUGACUUCACUGUAAUCACUCGCACUGUAAAAAUGCUUCGCUACGAAAUGGAUCACGUGACCCUCGCGUCGUCCAAUCCCGGUUCCUGAAGAGCACGGCUCGUAAUUUUGAACAGACCCGGAGCAGCCAAACAGCCGAAGCUGCGGUUCAAAACAUCGGUUGAAUUAAUCCUUCCCCGAGUAAUGGAUAUAUUUAAGUCUUGUCAUUUCGGCUAAAGGGAGAACUUCAGCGCUGUACUUUUUCUGCGCCGAAUAUGAGCUCUCGUGUUAUCACCCCUGGACCCUACCGGGCCACGAAGCUGUGGAAUGAGGUGACUCGGUUGUUUCGGGCCGGCAUGCCCCUGAGGAAACACCGGCAGAACUUCCGCCACUACGCCUCCUGCUUCGCCGCCUCCGCCGCCGUGGAGUGGCUGCACCAGCUGCUGCGUAGCAACAGCAACUUUGGCCCGGAUGUCACCAGGCAGCAGACGGUGCAGCUCCUGAAGAAGUUUCUGAAGAACCACGUGAUCGAAGACGUGAAGGGCCGCUGGGGCUCUGAGGAUCUGGAGGACAACAACGUGCUCUACAGAUUCCCCUCCACCUCUCCUCUGAAGCCCAUCCCGUGUCCAUCUUCAGGCUCAAUUAAGAAAAGGCCUUCAUUCAGGGACAAGGACAGUUUCUUCAGGUUUAAAAGCCUGAAGAAGCAGCAUGAAGAAGAGACUCGGGAAAAUGUAGACCCUGCCCCCCAAGAAGGAGGAGAGAAUCAUCCAGUAGAAGAGCAGCAGGUGCCAAGGAGAGAGCUAACAGUGGAGGAUGAACAGGAAAUCUGGAGAGACAUCACAGUGACGCACUUGCAGAGGAUUCUGGGCGUUGCAUCUCUGGAUGAGGUUUUAGACCAUCGUCGUAUAAACCCACAGAACAUUAUCCAUAAUAUGACCAAUGUCAACAAGCACGGAGUGGUGACACUGGACGACAAAACCAAUGACCUUCCACACUGGGUUUUGUCUGCCAUGAAGAGCCUGGCUAACUGGCCGAAGUACGACAGCGCUCAGCCCUCCUAUCCGGGCUUUGAGAGGGACGUCUUCAAAACGGUGUCCGAUUACUUCUACAGCCUCCCGCAGCCCGUGCUCACCUACGAGCUGUAUGAACUGUUCAUCAACGUCCUGGUGUUUUGCGGCUACGUUGCGGCGCCCGCCACACAUCCGCGCGGGAAACGCAAGAAGGCUGAGCUCCCCUCGGCCCCUCCGCCAGCCAAGACCUCCUUCCGCUCCACAGAGUGUCUGCUCCUGUCGCUGCUCAGGCAGGGGACGUGUGACGAGGCCGAGUCGCCGAUGGGGGAGGUGCUUGGUGGGAAGCUCCAGUCCCGGCUGGCGGCGCUGAAAGGCGGCGAGCAGCUCGGAGGCAGCAGCGCGAGCCUGAGCGCAGUCGGGCUCACGAGGCCUCGAGCCAAGAGCUGCUCCCUGGAAACGAUCCUCGACGACUCGGCCCCCCUCACCAGGCAGCAGCUGUUCCUGUCCAAUGACAGCCUGGCCUCCUGUGCCUAUGGCAACGGGAGCCGCAGUGACGGCCCUGCCAUCGCGACGCCCCGCGGGUCAUCUGUCUCCAAAGCAACCGCCUCUACGUGGGCAAAUGGUCCAGCAGGUACAACCAGGAGCAGACUUCCUGUAGGCGGCGCGUCGGACCGAUCGCGCUCCUCCCAGCCGCGCAGCCUCGGCAGCUGCCUGGACAUUGUCAUGGAAACGAGGGAGGAGGACGACGCCAAGGAGUUCAAGUUGCCGUGCCGAGCAACCAGCUGCCUCAACGUGAGUUCUCCCGCGGACCAGCUUCCCUCCGCCGCUUGGCAUGCUCCCUCGCUGUCCCGCCAUCUUCCCUACUUCUCCUCCCAUCACCUUUUCCCCUCCUCCUCUUCGUCCGCCUUGGACAAAGCGCAAGGCUCUCAAGCCGCUGCCGGCCCCAGCGGGCCCGGAGCCGCCUCCAGCACCUGCGAUCUAUGGACGCUCCCCCCAGCCACCGUCGGCCGGCGCUGCCUCAGCUCGCUGGACGUGUCGAAGCCGCCUCGACCCGUCUCACUGUUCAAACCGCCUGUGUGUGUGCCCGGCAGCAUCUCCCUGCACCCCCCACCCAAACCCGAGCACAGCCUUCUUCAGUCUCACUGCGAGCGCGUGGCUAUCGAGGCCCUCCAGCUUUGCACCCUACUCCUCCCCCCCAGCUCCCGCAGGAAGUUGCAGCUCCUCAUGAGGAUGAUGUCUCGCAUCAGCCAAAACGUGGACAUGCCCCGCCUCCACCCGGCCAUCGGCACGAGAACGCUGAUGAUUCACACGUUUUCCGGCUGUGUCCUGGGCAGCGCGGUGGAGUGUGAUUUGGACGAGCUGUUGGCGACCAGACUGGUUUCUUUUCUUAUGGACCAUCAACAAAGCAUCCUCUCUGUCCCGGAGUACCUGCUGAGUGCGAUCAAUGACCACAUCCGGUACCUGCGCGCUGUACAGGUCCCGAUCGAUGGCGGCGAUCCGGUUUGCGCUCCAAUGCCCAUGUACGCGUUCUGCCGGCAGAUCAGCGGCGCCGAGUUUGAACAGCAAAAGCUGGAGUCUUCCCAGAAGGCCAUGGAGGAGUUGCUGGAAAUGCUGCUGACGAACCAAAAGAUGGGUGAGAAGGACCGACGCAAGAAACUGAAGCAGUUUCAGAAACAGUACCCAGACAUCUACAGCCGUCGGUUCCCCUCCACGGACGGGGAAAAGAUGUCAGACAAGCCAAAGAUUAAACCUCCCCUCUUCAACAUCAGGAAGACCAAAGCGUUCAGCAUCAGGAACUAGACUGAGCCUACAGGCUGCCACUGUUCAGCACUCCACUGGUACGAGGAGAUUUGGAGAAUUCACUCAUCUUUGCACCCAUCGACCUUUUCUUGUUACAUUGGAAAUUCUGCUGUGUGUGUGUGUGUGUGUGUGUGUGUGUGUGUGUGUGUCCGUCCGUGUGUGUGUCCGACAAAGGCAGGUACACCCACUUGCUUGGAGGGGAGGUUUGCAUUGAUAACUUUGAAUGAAGAUCCGUUUUGUUUACGCAUUGCCUAUUGUGCAUAGACUGCAUUUUGGGAGAAGAAUUUAUGAGCCCUUUUUUAGUCACUGGUCAUUACGGGAGUUAUUUAGAUUUUUUGAUUUAUAUUACUGACAGCAUUGGGAGCAGUUAGAUGGGUAGUUUCUUGAGGUAUUUCUUGUACACUUCAUUUUUAUGAACGUUUUAUAUCAUAAAAUCUCAGCGCUGAUCCUUCUUCUUCAAAAAUGUCAUUUUUUUUCUUUUCUUUUUUGUGUGGGUUGUGCACAGAAGGUGUCAUUUCUUUUCAGGACCUCUGAUCCAUACAACUAAAUUAUUUUCCAACAGCUUAUUCUCCACCUUUUCUUUUUAUUCCCAGUGUGUGUCUAAUUGAACGCGUCUCUGCUAAGUUUAUUGGAUAAAGAAAUAUAUUUGUACUGGAUGUAAGCAUUUUAAAUUGCCAGUUAGCCUUUCAAAGUAGUUAAUUUAUAUGUUUUUGAUGCUUCUCAGCCUUCCUACAGAAGGUUUCACCAGAUAGCCGUCAUAUUUUGGGUAAACGUUGGCUCAUGCUCAUAACUACAAACUCCAUAAAUUUGUUUUGUCAACAGCUCCAGGUUGAAUCAUUUGAAAGCAAUGAAGUGGCUAUUUGCUGCACCUUUUGCCUCUAAUGAAAGAAGCAUCCAUUCAUUUCCCUGAUGGGUGCUGGCAGGUAUUCGGUUAACAGAAGUGCAAUACACAACACAUACUAUUUCAAGUGUCAGAAGUAACAGGUUUGGCUCAGAUUUCACAGCUUUGUGUGCAACUUAUAUGAAGUAUUAUGUUCUUGCCUGAACUGUUUGUCUAUACCUCAGACCACAUGGUGUUUGAGUGUAACCAUGGCAGCACUCUGCAGUGUUUCUUUUAACCUUUUACAGAGCCGUGUUAUGUUGUUCUGUCACACAGGUAUACUCUGCCUCUACAUUGUUUACUAUGCAAAGCCCCGGGAAAUAAAUCUGUAAAGUUGUUU